AUGACAGAAACAAGCCCCCGUGCUCUUCGCGCAGAGCCGCAAAAUGCGGCUCUCAACUCCAAUAUAUUCUCCCUCUUACCAUACGAAAUCUUCCUCAACAUUUUCGACAUCCUCUUCGCGGAAGCCACAAGUUCACCAGAACCAAUAGUAUGGAAUCUGUUCAGAGAAGACAAUCUCCCGGAACAAUUCUAUCUGACGGUGCCUCGCGAGAAAGGUAACUACAGCAGCACCGACUCUCCCGAGUCCCGGAGCAAGAGACGCCACAACGCCAUCCGCAGUGUCUCCCAAAUCAACCAGUACACACGCGCAAUGAUAUACCGCAAAUUCUCCCGCCUCAGGCUCCUCCGCCAACCAUACAAACACCUCCAACCGAGCACCAGAAAAAGCACCAGCGCCUGGGUGAUCCCCAGCAUCGACGUCUUCAUGCCGCAGCUGUGGGACGGAAGGCGCUGGUCCACCCGGACCCUCAUGCCCGACCUGACAAGCCACCUCCUGCCCCUCGGCCUGCAGACCAUCCGCUGCGUCGAGACGAUCGGCUUCGAGGACGCGCACCCGAUGCUCUGCGUGCUCAAGCACGAACCGCAGAGCCUGGCCUCGAUGCCGAACCUGCGCGCCCUGACGCUCUUCUACGACGGCAACUUCUGGGCGGACGACGACGGGCCGCGCGCGCAUAGUAAGCGCUCGUUCCAGCUGAUCAAGGGGGAGGGGCGGUCGAGGACGGAUGUGCUGGUCAGGUACGCGAGGCUGUGGCGGCCGAUGACGGAGAGGUUCGUCAGGCUUACGCUCAGCGCGGUCUCGAAUCGGGAUUUGCACGGUUUGCGGACGGCUGAUGCCGAGCUGGUGAGGAGCGAGGUCUGGAUGGUCGAGGGGCGGCCGUCGGUGUAUUCUUGGCGGAUGAUUUGUAUCGAUCCUGGCUACCGUUGCGACCCGUUUUCAUCUUCUCAAUCAGCGACAAGGAUCAGCAACAAGGAAGAGAUGGGCACCCCCAUUCGAGACAGUUGCAGCUCCAAGCUGACGACAAUACCAUACGAGCUCUUUCUCCAUAUUAUUGAAUACAUCAUCGUUGGCGCGGCUGAGGCCUGCAUGGCUCCCAACACCUGGUACAUGGGUUACCUCGUUGACGAACUCAAAGAGAAUAACCAGAUCAUCAACCAUCACACAACAUCAAAGAAUGCCGAGGGCAACCAGAUCAAUGGCGAGAGCAACAGCAACAAGCCAGCCUCCAACCAAGACAAAGGCGAACAUGAUGCCUCUUCAGCCGUCAAAGACAAGUGGUGGCCCCGUGAAGCCCAGUUCUGCCUUUACGGUAACUACUACACUGGCAUUGAAAGACACCAAGUCACCCGUCUUGCCUCUCAAAUCAACAGACAGACAAGAGCUAUGACCCAUCGCACUUUCCUCCGCUUUCCUGUCAAGAGCUCACCAGUUGAGGCAUGGCUGCUUCUGGAAAUCGACGAAUUCAUACUGAACCUCUCCUGCAGCGACAGGGUCCAAAUGCCGUUCCCCUUUGCCAGCUCUCUCGCGCUGCGCGACACCAUGCUCCAUCCCACCCCCGGGCUCAAGAACCUCUUCGAAAACAUCAGGAACAUACACAUCGAGUCCGUCGCGUUGUUUCAAGAAGCCAAUAUUGAGGAUAUGAAGGCUAUCUUGGCGUUGAAGAGACUCAAGCAAAUCCGCAUUCGGAUAGGAGAAGUCGACGAGAGCGGGCUUCAUCUGGCGCAGAAGAACGAGAUGAUUGACUGGUACUUCCCUGAUCUUUUAUCCUGGGAACUCAAUCACGGGUCUUCUUUCGCGCGGCUCUGGAAGCCAUUCAGAGACCGAAAUGUGCGCCUUGUUGCAGAGGAUAAGGAGGAGGGCUACUGGAUGCAGCUGUUCGACACACCAAAUGGGAUCCGCAUUGUGUUUCCUUUUGACGGAUUUGUGGAGGAGUAUGACUCUGAGGAGUAUUGA